CUCCUUUUUUUCUCGCGUCUUCCAUGAGGUAACAUCUGACAUUCUCCAGAAGCCUAUCACUAUCACAGAAAUACCCAGUGUAAGAUACAUUAAGUCUAACUUUCAUCCGGAGCGCACCUUAAAGAAAUGAUUGCGGUCAAGUGCUUUCUUGCCGUCUUCGCAUGUAUGCACUUAUCGGUUCCGAUCGAGGGCUGCAAGAUGGCGUGCUACGAGGAACAGUGCCCUCUGAAGAACCGAAUCAAGUAUCACGGCGAUCUGGUUUCGUGCAGCUACAAGUGCACUCCAAGCAACGAGUGCUCCUGCUAUGGUGUAGAAGAAAAGGGAGCUUCUUGCUUGAGGAUGGACCAUGCGAAGGAGGGCAAGUGCUUCCAAGGGAAAUGUUACAGCGACGACAAUGAGUACGAGAGAGUCACGGCUGGAAAGCAGCUGAACAAGAAUAUGCUAUGCGGAUUUGGACACGACUACCUCUAUAACAGUAGAGGGGCUUUCGGCUGCACGGGUUAUUGCGGCCAGUCCCCUUACCAACAGACCAAGCGUCCUGAUGGUUACCGGUGUCUGGGUACAUCAAGUUCCAAAUUAGCAGAGCAUUUACGCCAGUUCUCUGCAGUAACUGGGUUUCCACACGACGUGGGCACCCUUAACGGCUGUCACAUACAACUGAGUCCCCCGAAGGAUCAUGCUGCAGACAACUUCAACUACAAAGGGCGGUACAGUACUAUCCUACUGGGUUUGGUGGAACAUAGCUACAAAUUCCAGUACGGAAAUGAUGGUUCACCUGGUAGAAACGAAGUAAUUACGGAGUAA